AUGGAUAUCUGGAGGCAUCUAUAUUUAAAAGGGUUUAUGUCGGGUUACAAGAGAUGGUAUCUUCAUGGAGAACAAAUAUUAGAUUAUGCUAGUACUAGCGAACCUCAGACUGUGGAUAGGGUAGAUGAACCUAGCACGGAUGGAGAUUUUGGUUUAGGUACUAUGCAGAUGGUAAAUAAUGCAUAUAGAGAAAAUUUUCCUUCUCAAGAAGAGGAUGAAGAUAGACGAGAAGUACCCAAUUUAGAAGCUAUGAGAUUUUUUGAAAUGCUAGAUGCAGCGAAACAACCAUUAUACAAAGGGUGUAGAGAUGGUCAUUCACCUUUAUCAUCUGCAAGUAGAUUGAUGACGCUAAAAACAGACUAUAAUUUGGCUGAAGAAUGUGUGGAUGCGAUUGUUGAUUUUGUGCGCGAUGUUCUACCUGAAGAUAAUCUUGCACCCGGUUCAUACUAUGAGGUUCAGAAAUUGGUUGUUGGGCUUGGUUUACCGUAUCAGGUGAUAGAUGUGUGCAUCGAUAACUGCAUGAUUUAUUGGAGAGAGGAUGAGAACCGGAAAAAGUGUAAAUUUUGUCAAAAACCUCGGUUCCAGGAGACAAGCGGAAGAGUUCCGGUUCCAUAUAAACGAAUGUGGUAUUUGCCGCUGACAGAAAGAUUAAAGAGGCUAUACCAGUCUGAACGCACAACAGGAACAAUGAGAUGGCAUGCAGAGCAUUCUACAGAUGCAUAUGGUAUGUUAUCUGGAUGGGCGACUCAUGGGAGGCUCUCUUGUCCAUACUGCCAAGACAACACAGAUGCUUUCCAACUAAAACACGGACGAAAGACGUGCUGGUUUGACUGUCACAGGCGAUUUCUCCCACAUGAUCAUCCAUAUCGUAAGAGUACGACAUUAUUUACGAAGAAUAAGAAGGUAUUUGACAGUCCACCUCCUGAAGUUAGUGGGACUUAUAUAGUGGAACAGUUAAGAGAUUUCGGUGUUGAGAGCACGCCAGAGUUAGGUGGAAACGGACAUUACCCAGUCGGCGGUGUUGGAGAAUAUCACAACUGGCAUAAGAAGAGUAUUUUUUGGGAUUUGCCAUAUUGGGAAAAUCAUUUGUUGCGGCAUAAUUUGGAUGUCAUGCAUGUUGAGAAGAACUUUUUCGACAAUUUGAUGAACACUAUCCUUAAUGUCCAAGGCAAGACAAAAGAUAACUUGAAGUCUAGAUAUGAUUUGGUUGAUAUUUGUUCUCGAAGUGAACUUCAUGUUGAUGCGCAAGGAAAAAGUCCUCCUCCCAUUUAUCGAUUGGAUGCAGCUGGGAAGGCAGAGCUCUUUGAUUGGAUUAUACAUGGCGUCAAAUUUCCAGACGGCUACGCAUCUAACUUGCGUAAUUGUGUUGAUAAAAAUGAAGGAAAGUUUAUUGGUAUGAAAAGCUACGACUGUCACGUGGUGAUGCAGCGUCUCCUUCUGUUUGCCUUUUCUGGACUAUUACCACGAAAGGUGCAUGAAGCAAUUGCAGGUAUAAUUGUUUUCUUUCGUGAUUUAUGCACGAGAUCAGUCACAGUAGAUGGAGUUCGCAAUUUGAAGGAUAACAUACCUUAUAGAUGGAUGUAUGUUUUCGAGCGGUAUAUGUUUCAUCUGAAGAAGAUGGUCAAAAAUUUAAGUAAGAUCGAGGGCUCUAUAGUGGCACAGAGCAUCAAUGAAGAAACAUCAAACUUUGUUGAAUACUAUUUCCCAUCUGAAGUUCGAACAAAAAGUCGAAGACCUAGCCGCCAUGAUGACAGAGGUGAAAAGGUUGCACAUUGUCUAGACUGUGGGCAACACAUUGAUGACUGGUUACGUGAGUUUGUUUACGGCCCAGACUAUGUAGCGAAGUCAUAUCCGAGAUAUUGCAGUCGGGGAUAUUCAUUUGCAGUUCAAAAGGAUGGCAGUUCGAGGAGAACCAAUGAUUCUGGUGUUUCCUCGUCAUCUGGUGAUGAUGUGUACUACGGUAACAUAUGCGAAAUUUUGGAAAUUUGGUUUCCGGGAAUGAUAGGAUUGAGGUGCACGAUAUUCUAUUGUGAUUGGUACGACUACACUCUUGGCCGUGGAGUGGAGAUAGACGCAUUUGGUGUUAGAUCAGUACAUUUGCAACGGAAAUUACAGUAUUACGAUCCAUUCAUUCUUGCUUCACAAGCUGAUCAGGUUUGCUAUAUCCGUUAUCCACGGGUUAGGCAGAGAGAUGAUCCUUGGAUCACUGUAACGUCAAUCAAUCCAAGAGGGCGAGUAGAAGGAGUUUCUGAGCCAUUGCAACCAAACUCUAGCAGCCAUCUAUAUCCUACUGAGGAUUUAGCAGCUGUUGAACUUGUUGUUGAUUUAACCCGUUUUGGAGAAGAUGAUGUUGUGCACUCGGAAUCAGAGGCCGAGAUUGGAGAGUAUGGCAACGAUUCAGAUUCAUGUUCUUCUGAUCCUUCUUCAGAUUCAGAGUAG